AUGCUGGGUUCCGUCUUCCAACAGGAGCGCCCGAAUCGCGGCAUGUCUGGAGCGGCAUUAAUCAAAUUGGUAUUGUUGACGGGCGCAUCAACCCGAAACACUGAGGGCAGAGAGCGAGAAUAUAGAGACAAGAUCACUGGUAAGGAAAGAGAGGCAGAGUGGUUUCGGGUCGCCGGAUAUAUCGGCAAAGUUGGAACGGCCGGCAGGCGGAUAAGACAGGAUCAAGCCGGCCGAGGAAACCCGACGCCAUCCAUGAUCCGAAACGCGGGCGACGUGGCGGCGGCCUCUGGCUUUUCAGGUGAUAAGGAAGCUCCGACGACGCUGGCUAGGGGAUAUCGCGACGUCCUCCUGUUGGGCCCGUCGGGUGCCAUUGAUAAGGGGGUCAUCCCGGAACGGGCAUCGCGCACGGCAAGCAGCCCGCAUCCCGCCGGGGAUGGCGCUGCAAGGAGCCACUUCCGGCAGGCCGUCAAUGGAAAACAGGGUCGGCACAUUGCGGGACGCGAGAGCAUGGCUGGUGUGAGCAUCCCGUCUUCGGUCCCACAGACACGGGAGAUCGUGCCAGGAACAGGACGUACGAGCCGCCACACAACGCGCGACGAGGCCAAUCAACCUGAGCGCCGGGGCGGCCGUGGAAGGAACAUGAAGUUGACUCCCCCGCCUUCCGGAACACCCCCUGUCGCCCACUUUAAAUCAACCCGCCGCCCGGCCGAUCAGUGGGCCUUUUUAUGCCGAUGGGCCCUCUGGAUGGUGUGGACGCCACUGGGCACUCGACUCGAUGGAACAAAAGAAGGAAAAAAAACGCCUGCCUGGGGCCCCUGGAGCUAG